UGCGUGUGUGCGUCAAAUACAUGGGAUGUAGUGUGUGUAAUGUUUUCUUUAUUGAUUUAAUAUAUCUUUUACGCAUUAUUUAAAAAAAAUAUUAACAUUGUCCACUUCUUCUCUACCUAUAUAUUCUCUAUAAGUGUGGAAAAUUUCAUACUUCUCCGUCCGCGCAAUUUUCGUAAAAAGGGAUACAAAGUUUUUGCUUCACAUAUUAAUAUUAUUCAUAUUCACACGUCACGUCGUUUAUGUACUAAUUAAAACGGUUUCUGCUAUGGUACUGUGAGCUUCCGAUACAUAGCGAGUCAAUUACAUAAAAAUCUGUUUUUUCAAUAUCAUUAGGUAUUUGAUUGUUUCGUUUUAAAAGGCUCACAGGAUGAAAAAGGUCGUCGAAUGGCGGCAAACAAGUUACGAUCAAGGUCAUGGCCUACAAUCAACGGAAUAGAGGACGCGCGUAGGUCGUAAAUAUUACGCUUAAAUUCUUUCCUCGUUUUCUAUCAACUUUCCACAUAAAUUUCUCUUAUAAUCAAUUGAAAUGAACGUCAUCAUGAAGAAACAUCAUCAUACACAAAAAAAUUGAACUGAUACAAGACUACAUAAUAGAUAAAUAGUAGUUUAGGGAAGUAGAUUAAAGUUAUAACCAUCCUUAUUGAACUCGUCAAUUAGUUAAUUUUCUCAUCGUAACAAGGUGCACUCAACAAAACUUGCAUACGUUCCGUCAUGACCUAUGCAAGUGUAGAGUUCACACACACCUUUUUAACACUCUCCAGAUCAUCCCAUCCCAUUUCUGCAGGAUAGCCGUCAGAGCAUCAUGGUACGUGUAGAAUGUCGAUCUUCACAACGAUCUUAAUUUAGAACUGACACGUAAGUUAAGAAAGGUUCAGAACGCUACUUUGAAAAAGCGUCGUGAAACGAUAACCCUCUUAUCGUGGUCGCCUCUGAUUACAUAUCCGACCCAGGCGACGGGGCAACGCAAAGUCGCCGUCGCCCAAAACAUGUCUUGUUCGAUCCCCCGGAUCCGCUCUCAGUGGUGUUAAAUUGCCCUUGAAGCACCGUUCCCGUCAAACUCUUCAAUUAUGACAAAGAACUCGACGAGUGAACUAACCCAUAGAUACAACCCACUGAGUUUCUCGCCGGACCUUCCCAGUGAGUCGCGAUUCCGAUCUGAUGUUAGAUUCUGCGAAGCUCUUGCUAGGGACAAUGUUAGCAAAUCCUCUCAGGUUAGGCCCGUGAGCUCACCUACCUGUCCGCGCGUAACUGGAAUAGCGCCUUAAGCUACCAGUGAAUAGGUAGCUAUAAACAAAAAGGGAGGUCAUUUGUUCAGCAAUAUUUAUUUCUUUGGCUGCCAAUAUAUAUAUCAAGAUAUAUACCCAAGUUUAAAUAAGUAACUCCGACUGCUAGUGCAUCGAAUAUAACCAACGUGAACAGGUGAAACUGAGAAGUAGGCGGUCGGAUUAUUGGUUCGCCGAUGAAUCACCGACAUAACAAAACAUUCACAACGUUACGGUCUAACUUUAUGGUACGCGAUAUGAAGUGUGUAGUUGGCCAGUUUUUAAGGUCAGAAACUCAGAAAUCACAUCAUUCGUUACGAUAAAGCGGUAGCGUCUAUACGCCUGUUCUCAGUGUAACCUGAUUAACGGUUAGCGUUUUUCAUAAACAAAACCGUGUUAUUUAAUUUGGGUUUGUACUUAAAACCAUAUCGAAAUGUAUUUAACGUUGAAACAAAAGCUGUUAGAAGUUCCCGAAGGCACGGCGCAGCAGAUACAAAUGUUGUACGGCUACGAUGAAAGAAAAAUGAAUGAGGCCGUCGAUAUUCUGGAGGAAUGGCUGAAGAAACAGAAUCAUUUCCUGAAGAAAGAUUUUCCUAGAAUAUACUUGGAGACGAAUAUAAUAGGAAGCAAAGGAUCUAUCGAGAGAACUAAAUCAAAACUGGACAAGUUGUUCGCUCUCCGGACUGUUCUACGGAAGUUUUAUGAAUUCAAUGAUAUCAGAAAUGAGUUUAAAAACCUGUUCUCGUGUUCAUACAUAUUAGCUAUGCCUAAAUUGACCAAAGAAAACAAUAGACUUUUUGUACUUAAAGUGAUUGGAAACGAAUUCUUUGAUAAAGUUCCAUAUUUAGAUUAUUACAAAAUUAUGAUUGCGUAUGUAGAAUACUUCAGGAUGUAUGAUUACUCGGACGGAUACAGAGUAGUUAUUGACUACAGGGAUAUCAACAUUAUGAAUAUAAUAGCUCGCCUCAACCUGGUAGAGGUAAAAGAGUUUUUCACAGUGAUUUUAUCCGGCUACGGUGCGAGGCUCAAAGGAAUCCAUAUAAUAAGUACAUCGAAAGCAGUCGAGAAUUUGCUGAGAAUAAUAACACCGUUAUUCAAUCCAAAAUUGGUGGCCAGAUUCAGAGUUCACGGAACGUUGGAGUCAUUACACGAAGUAAUAUCUCAGGAUAUGUUACCAAAAGAGCUGGGAGGGACUGGACGAUCGCUUAAAGAGAUACAAGAUGACUGGAUCGACCUAUUGAGCUCGAAGGAGACCUCAGAAUUCUUCCGCGAGAUAAACAAAGCACAGGUCAACGAGGCGUAUAGAAUGGAUGAUUUGAAGAAUGAAGAAAUGGGAUUGCCGGGAACUUUCAGAACAUUAAGUGUUGAUUAAGACAAAACAAAACAAAGGAAAAACUGCAUCGGCGUUUUGUUAUUUUUUAAGCCUGCGUGUUCCUACAGCUAUCAUAUAUUCGAAUUAAAAUGUAUGUGAACGGUGUA